AUGUAUGGUGGUAAUCCUUAUAUGAUGUCAGAACUUUCAUCUGAUAUGUGGAUUGAACGAAGUGUUCCCGGUGGAUUAAACAGUUACUAUGGUGAAUAUCUUGAUAAUAAAAUGGGUGGAAAUCCAAAUCCAACAUAUGGUCAAAUGUAUGGAGGUUAUCCUGGAGUUGGAGGUUAUGGAGGUUACGGAGGUUAUGGUGGUGGCUAUGGCUAUUCAUACGGAGGAUGGUAA